CCGGCCGGGCCGGCUCCGCCGGGCGGCCUCUGCCGCAGACAUGGAGAAACUCAGCGCGCUGCAGGAGCAGAAGGGCGAGCUGCGCAAGCGGCUGUCCUACACCACGCACAAGCUCGAGAAGCUCGAGACCGAGUUCGACUCCACGCGCCACUACCUGGAGAUCGAACUGCGGCGCGCGCAGGAGGAGCUGGAGAAGGUCACCGAGAAGCUGCGCAGGAUUCAGAGCAACUACAUGGCGCUGCAGAGGAUCAACCAGGAGCUGGAGGACAAGCUGUACCGCAUGGGCCAGCACUAUGAGGAAGAGAAGCGAGCACUGAGCCAUGAGAUCGUUGCCCUCAACAGCCACCUGCUGGAGGCCAAGGUGACCAUCGACAAGCUUUCGGAGGACAAUGAGCUCUACAGGAAGGACUGCAACCUAGCGGCCCAGCUGCUGCAGUGCGGCCAGAGCUACGGCAGGGUCCAUAAGGUGUCCGAGCUGCCCUCCGACUUCCAGGAGCGCGUGAGCCUGCACAUGGAGAAGCACGGCUGCAGCCUGCCCUCCCCGCUCUGCCACCCGGCCUAUGCCGACAGCGUCCCCACCUGCGUCAUUGCCAAGGUGCUGGAGAAGCCGGACCCCACCAGCCUGUCCUCCCGCCUGUCCGACGCCUCGGCCCGCGACCUGGCCUUCCGGGAUGGGGCAGAGAAGCAGGGCCCACGGCCCCCCUACAAGGGGGACAUCUACUGCAGCGACACGGCCCUCUACUGCCCCGAGGAGCGGCGGCGCGCCCGGCGGCCCAGCGUGGACGCGCCGGUGACCGACGUGGGCUUCCUGAGGGCCCAGAACUCCACCGACAGCGCGGCCGAGGAGGAGGAGGAGGUCGAGGCGGCCGCCUUCCCCGCAGGCUUCCGGCACGAGGCCUUCCCAGGCUACGCGGGCUCGCUGCCCACGUCCAGCUCUUACUCGAGCUUCAGCGCCACGUCGGAGGAGAAGGAGCACGCCCAGGCCAGCACGCUCACGGCCUCGCAGCAGGCCAUCUACCUGAACAGCCGCGACGAGCUCUUCGACCGCAAGCCGCCCGCCACUGCCUACGAGGGCAGCCCGCGCUUCGCCAAGGCCACGGCCAGCGUGGCAGCGCCGCUCGAGGCCGAGGUGGCCCCGGGGUUUGCGCGGACCAUGUCUCCGUACCCAGCCGAGCCCUUCCGCUUCCCGGCUUCCCCGGGCCCCCAGCAGGCCCUGAUGCCCCCAAACCUGUGGAGCCUGCGGGCCAAGCCGGGGACGGCCAGGCUCGCUGGGGAGGACGUGCGGGGCCAGUGGCGACCCCUGAGCGUGGAGGACGUUGGCGCCUACUCCUUCCCGGCCACCACCGCCGGCCGCGCCUCGCCCUGCAGCUUCUCGGAACGCUACUAUGGCAGCGGGGGCAGCCCGGGCAAGAAGGCCGAGGGCCGCGCCAGCCCCCUCUAUGCCACCUACAAGGCCGACAGCUUCUCGGAGGGUGACGACCUCUCCCAGGGCCACCUGGCAGAGCCCCGCUUCCUCCGGGCCAGCGGCGACCUGAGCCUGAGCCCCGGCCGCGCGGCUGACCCGCUGCCCGGCUACGCGCCCAGCCAGGGGGACGCGGAGAGGCUCGGGGUGCAGCUGUGCGGGGCGGGCGGCAGCCCCGAGCCCGAGCGCAGCCCCCACAGUUCCAGGGAGUCCCUGGAGCCCAGCUCCAUGGAGGCCUCCCCGGAGAUGCACCCCGCCGCCCGCCUCAGCCCGCAGCCGGCCUUCCCGCGGACUGGUGGCUCGGGGCUCAGCCGCAAGGACAGCCUCACGAAAGCUCAGCUCUACGGAACCUUGCUCAACUGA